AUGGGUCCACGACUGCAUCACAAAAUAUUCAAACUACGAAUCAGUAGUUGCAGUACAAUCAGGUUGAGCUCAACGAUAAGUGAAACUUGGCACAUUCCAGACAACGACACGUCACUCAUUCUUCAUGAGAUCUUUGCCAACUAUGACAAGCGGGUGAUUCCAUUCACAAAUGGGCCAGUCGUCAUCAAUAUGACUAUCGUUUUGGGAAUCCUAGUUGAAGUGAGGGAAAACGAGCAGUUGGCGGCGUAUGUCAUUUCCCACACCCAGCGCUGGUACGAUCGUCGGCUACAGUGGGAUCCACGAUCAUAUCGAGGGCAGAAGGAGGUGAUCGUCCCUCAAAGUAUGGUAUGGAUUCCCAAGCUUUUCGUUUAUAACAGUUUGGAAUCCAAAGAGAUGUUGACUCCAAAUCGGGCAGAUGUUCGACUUUACAACGAUGGCGCUAUUAAGGUGAACAUUCCUCAGUACGUCAAUGCAAUAUGUCGAAUACAGACCCAGUCGUUCCCCUUUGAUUGUCAGUUCUGCGCAGUAGCUCUGGCGUCUCCACUUCUAAACGUGGACGAAAUGAUUGUCAACGCAACCCAGCCCCCUAAGGAUUCCUAUUUUGCAGGCAAUGCUGAAUGGUUGCUGUUCAAUGUAACUGUGAGACAUAUGACAUUCGUCGAAGAAGGAGAGUCGAGAGUUGAAGUGCACUACAUCUUUCAUCUUCAACGGCGACCAAUUUACUAUAUAACG